AUGGGAACGGGGGCCGGGACCGGGACCGGGAUCGGGAUCGGGACCGGGACCAGGACCGGGAUCGGGGCGGGAGGAGCCGCCGGGGCACUGGGCACUGCCGUGGCCGCUCUGUACGCGGCCACGCUGCCGCCCGCCCUGCCCGGCGGGGAUGCGGGGGAGCUGAUCACAGCCGCAUAUGAGCUUGGAGUCGCCCACCCUCCCGGCUACCCCCUGUUCACCCUGCUGGCCAAAGUGGCGACGGGGCUCCUGCCCGGCGGCUCCCCCGCCUCCAGAGUCAAUCUCCUCUGCGGCUUCUUGGGAGCAGCUGCCGCCUCUUUGCUUUUUUACACGGUUUUCAGGCUUUCUGGCUCAUAUGCUGGAGGAAUCCUUGCUGCGGGGGUGUUUUCAUUUUCUCGUCUAACAUGGCAGUGGUCCAUCACGGCGGAGGUUUUCAGCUUAAACAAUCUGUUUGUGGGGCUGCUGAUGGCUCUCACUGCUCAUUUUGAGGAGGCAUCCACUGCAAAAGAGAGAUCAAAGAUCUCUAAGCUUGGUGCCUUUUGCUGUGGGCUCAGUCUGUGCAAUCAGCACACCAUAGUGCUUUACAUCGCUUGUAUCGUGCCUUGGGUUCUCGCCCGGCUCUUCAGAAAGACGGAAUUGUCCCCGGGCCAUUUGCUGAAGUUGGGUUUAUGCUUCUUGGCUGGUUUGCUGCCUUAUCUCUAUCUGCCGGCUUCGUCCUACCUCAAUCGAGCCCGUUGGACAUGGGGAGACCAGACGACUCUUCAAGGAUUUUUGACCCACUUUCUCAGGGAAGAAUAUGGGACAUUCAAUCUGGCCAAGUCCGAGACAGGAUCCAGUAUGAGAGAGAUGCUGCUUUUCCAGCUGGCGCAGAUGAAGUCAGAGCUCUCCCUUCCCGUCCUUGCCCUGGCACUCGUGGCCUGUGUGAGCACAGCACUGCUGGCAAGGCAGCAGAAAUCACCUGUGAUCUGGCUCUUCACCGGAAUGCUCUGUCUUUAUUCCCUUUUCUUCGCUUGGAGAGCAAACUUGGAUGUUACAAAGCCUCUGUUUCUAGGCGUGGUGGAGCGGUUCUGGCUGCAGAGCAGCGCUGUGGUGGCUGUGCUGGCAGGGCUGGGGUUGGCAACCCUCACCUCUCUCGGGAACUCGGUGCUGGAGGGCAGCCGGGUGCUGCCCUGGCUGGAGUGGCUCUCUGCCCUUGCUCUUGUUGCUUCUCAAGUUUGGACAAAUUACAGUGCUUGUGAUCAGAGCAACAACUACGUUGUUGACAAGUUUGCAAGGAAUCUGCUGUCCUCUAUGCCCGUGGGUGCAGUGAUCCUGCUGAGAGGAGACUUACCCGGGAAUGCUCUUCGUUACCUUCACUACUGCGAAGGGGUGAGGCCAGAUGUCACCUUAGUGGACCAGGAGAUGAUGACUUACGAAUGGUAUUUACCCAAGCUGGCAAAGCAUUUACCUGGCGUUCAUUUUCCUGGGAACCGGUGGAAUCCUGUGGAAGGAGUAUUACCCGACGGGACGCUCGCCUUUAAUCUCCAUCGUUUCCUCAAAGUAAAUAAACAUAAGGAGGUGUUUGUCUGCAUAGGUCUUCACGAAGGUGACUCGACCUGGAGAAGGAGCCAUUCGCUCUGGCCGUGGGGGACGUGUGAGAAGUUGGUUCCUUCUGGUGUUGUGUUUGACCCAGAAGAGUGGAUUCGUCUCACCAGGGAUCUCUAUAACUGGACUGAAGACUAUGGCAGUUUCAACCCCACUUCCUGGGAAGCUGUUGCCAACGAGGAGAUGUGGCAAGCCAGGAUGAAAACAGCUUUCUUUAUAUUUGACCUUGCAGAGAGUGCCAGUGUGAGUGCAGAAAUGAAAUCACAACUUUACACAUUUGCAUACAACUCAUACAAAGAAAUUGUCAACUCUCAUCCCCAUCACCCGGUGAACUGGCACAAAAACUACGCCAUCGCCUGCGAGAGGAUGUUGCGCCUCCGUCGGGGGGACCUGGAUCCCGAAACGCUGCUCUCUGAAACUGUGAAACAUUUCCUGCUGUACACCCAGAAAGCAGAGGAUGAUCCCCAGCGCCAGGACAUCCUGCAGGCUGUGAAGCACCUGGAAAAGGAGCUGCAGGGGCUGAGGAAAAGGAAAGCAGACCUGAGGCGGGGAGCUGGGUAGCACCCGGUCUUUCAGCUGCCUGCUGAAGGGCUGGAAGUUUGAAGUCAAGGCUUGACAUCUGAGUUAGUCCUUGACAAUGUGAGAAUGGUUUUUAAAAGGUGGCAGAACUGACAGCAGAGAGGAAAUCAAGUGUGCAGGAACAUGCUGAUGUUUGGUCUUCGAUUGCUGUUGCCAAAUGAACUUUAGGGGUUCAGGGAGGAAACUCAUCGCUAAAUAAAGUACUGGGUUUCAAAAAGGAAAAUUUUCUUCUGAAAGGAACCUGUGAUUCUGUUGUACUGUGAACAUUUUUUUUUUUUUAGUGAGUGCAGCAUCCUUUAUAGAUGUAAAAAUGCAUUUAGCAUUUCAUUGUUUCCUCUGUUAUUGAACCAAGAGGUUUUCUACAGCCAUUUUUCAUUAGCUGUUCUUUGUCUGUGUGGUUUUAUGGUCAUGGGGCAGCGUGGUUAGGUGGGUUUCCCUCAGGACAAGGAUGUGAGAUGGUGCCCUCACAGGAACCUGUUUUGAAUGUGCUCUGUGCCCUGGCUGUGCCUGUGCCCAGGGGCGCUUCAGAAUCAUAAUCAGAGAAUCAGAGAAUAUUUGGGGUUGGAAGGGAACUUAAAUACUAUUUUAUUUCACCCCCUGCCAUGGGCAGGGACACCUUCCACUAGCCCAGGUUGCUCCAAACCCAUCCAACCUGGCCUGGGACACUUCCAGAAAUGGGGCAGCCACAGCUUCUCUGGGCAACCUGUGCCAGUGGCUCACCACCCUCACAGCCAAGAAUUUCUUCCCAAUAUCCCAUCUAUCCCUGCCCUCUGUCAGUUUGACGCCAAACCCCUUGUCCUGUCCCUCCAUGCCUGUGUAAACAGUCCUUCUCCAGCUCUCUUGGAGCCCCUUUAGGUACUGGUGCCAAACGUUUUUUUCAUUACACUGGGAUUAUUUUUUGGACAGAUUUUAUUGCUCUAGUUUUCCAACAGUGAGCAAGCAACUUGAGUAUUGUCUCUUGCAGAGCACUGGGACUCUGCAGGCAGCAGUUUGGCUCCUCCUGCACUGCCUCCACCUGGGGUGGAGGGUCUGUGAUCCUGAGACUCCACAAGGGAACACAAGAGCAGCUCCCAUGGGACACUGCCUCUCCCUGUGGUUCAUGGCAUCUCUCCUGUGGCCUCUAUUUCUGUGAGAUCCCAUAAUACUCAUCUACUCUGCCACAUCCCCACGGGUACUGGGGAUUCCAGAACUGCAGUUUGAGAAAUAUCAGGGGCUUUAACCAAAAGAACAGGUGUGAAUCCAUCCUGCCUUUCAAUCUACCCCAAAAGCCAAGAGACUUGGUUAACAAGAGCUCAGCUACUUGUUUAAAAAAAAAAA